AUAAAACUGUGAAAACGCAUCCGCCACCAACGUAAACAAAGAGUCCCUUCUGUUCCCGAUUUGCUGACCAAUACAUCAAAGAACCAUUGUAAAUAAACGAAACUAAUAGAAAUAAUAUAAAGAAAAGAAAGAAGAAAGAAAAUAGAUCCAGGGGAUAUAGACUAGACAAUAGUCUAAAACCCUAUAAAAGAACAAAGAAGAAGAAGAACCAUUGUAAAUAGUGGCCUAAGGGAGUGAAGGCCUAUCUGCAAAAAUCGUCAUUAGAAGAAGCAACAUUGAAGCCAAAAAAAAAUCCUAAUUAAGCUGAAGAUGGCUAUGACGUCGCCUAUGGACAGACUACAAGUUCUGGACAACAUAGAAAAGGACAUUGCUACAGUACUACAGUCGGCCGGUCAAGCUCUGAAUGAACUGAGCAAAGAUAAACCUGCCAAUAAACAAGUUGAAGCCCAUGUGAACCAAUUCAGACAAACCCUGACCAAUGUGGAGACGGAAUUGGCGAAGCAAAUUAAUUACCUGACCCAGGUUUCUACAGGACAGGCACAUGAAGGCUCCUCCUAUAAUUCCCAGAAAACCCUCCAGAUGGCUAUGCACCGACUGGACCAUGCCAAGACCCGUGUCAAUGAGCUAGAGGCCACAAAGACCAAACACAUGCAACUAAUGCAACAACACCAGAUGCAAAGACAGCAGGGCAUGCAACAGCCCCCUCCGUCAAUGUGAUGUCCAUCCAGUUUGUGAUAGAUGUACACAGAAUUUUCUAUGUGUUGAGUAAAGAACUGUCAAAUGUAUUUGAUAUGAUAUUUUUCUUUCUUUUUUUUAUAAUCAUUAGGGUGAAUUACAUAGUUUGGCCAUUUUAGGCAGAUGUUCACAUUUAUGAAGAAGUAAUAAAGAAUAGAAUAGAAAUAAGAA